UUCCCCUGCGCCGAGAGAGGGGGAGGAGGAGAGACGCUGAUUCACGGCUUGCAGGAGGGGAGAGAGAGCCGUGCGGACGGGGCUCUGAAGAUCCAUCUCUGAUCUUAAAAUACCGACCCCCCCCCCCCCCACUCUCCUCCUUCCCCCCACCCCCCCAUCCUCCUCCUCCUCCUCCCUCCUCCUCUCCCCUCGUCAUUGACAGCUCUGCGACCCGGUCAAUCCGUCAGACAGGGAGGAUCUGGGGAGGAGGGCGCCCGGGCAGGAGACAGCUGGACGAAAGGCGAUCACCUCCAGCCGGUUUGAUCCAAUCGCCAAUACAUACCGAGCAGCCGGCUGCAUGGGGAUCUGCCUCUCUCCCUCUCCGUACAUGAGGACGACACAGUGGCUUCACCGGGGGAUUGUGGUCCGAGGAGCGCGUUUUACGCAAGCCAUCCAAGCAGCGAGAUUGCACUGUGACUGUUGAUAGGGCGAUCUGACCGGCCAAACAACAACAAUAAUAAUAAAGGGAGGCGGAGAGGAGCUAUUUCGCAGUUUCUACAUAAACUCCCCGGAAUAGCCUACACAUCCAGGUGGUGAGUGGAGGAAGGUCACAGCCCAGUGCUGGAUCCCAGGGGGACUGUCAGUGUGGUAAGGACCCUUGAGACGAAGGAGGGUGCAUGGAGGGUUCAAGGCCUGUAAAGCCAGGGUCGUCAGCCUGCCUCUGGUUGGGGCUGGUCUCUGUGGCUGUAGCCUUCCUUUGUACAGAGGCCCGGACCACUCCGAGCCCUCUGCUAACCCCAAGCAAUGCAACCUGCGCGGGAAACUCCAAGUGUCAUGCAGGGAUCAUCUUGCCCAUCUGGUAUCCCGAGGAUCCCUCCAUGGGAGACAAGAUCGCACGGGUCAUUGUGUAUUUUGUGGCCAUGAUCUACAUGUUUCUCGGAGUGUCCAUCAUUGCCGACCGCUUCAUGGCGGCCAUUGAGGUCAUCACCUCCCAGGAGAAGGAACUCGUCAUCAAAAGGCCCAAUGGAGAAACAACCACCACCACAAUUCGGGUGUGGAAUGAAACGGUCUCGAACCUCACCCUCAUGGCCUUGGGCUCGUCCGCCCCUGAGAUUAUGCUCUCUGUGAUAGAGAUCUGUGGACAUGGGUUCAAAUCUGGUGAGCUCGGGCCUGCCACAAUUGUCGGCAGUGCGGCCUUCAACAUGUUUGUCAUCAUUGGCCUCUGUGUGUCCGUCAUUCCCCAAGGAGAGGUACGCAAGAUCAAACACCUCCGAGUGUUCUUUGUCACUGCAGGCUGGAGCAUCUUUGCUUACAUCUGGCUCUACAUGAUUCUGGCUGUGUUCUCUCCCAACGUAGUCCAGGUCUGGGAGGGUCUACUCACACUGGCCUUCUUCCCCAUAUGCGUACUCCUUGCAUGGGUAGCGGACAGACGACUGCUCUUCUACAAGUUCAUGCACAAGAAGUAUCGCACCGACAAACACAGGGGUGUGAUCAUCGAGACGGAGGCAGAACGCUCCAAGGGGAUUGAGAUGGACGGCAAGAUGGUCAACUCUCACUUCAUGGACGGAGGGGCGGCAAGCAAUCUGAUUGGUCUGCCUGAGAGCAAAGAGGUUGACGAGUCCCGGCGCGACAUGAUCCGCAUCUUGAAAGACCUGAAGCAGAAGCACCCCGAGAAAGAGAUGGAUCAGCUGGUUGAGAUGGCCAACUACUACGCUCUCUCCCACCAGCAAAAGAGCCGUGCCUUCUACCGCAUUCAAGCUACACGCAUGAUGACGGGCGCGGGAAACAUCCUGAAGAAACACGUCGCGGAGCAGGCAAAGAAGAGUAUCAGCGUGCAGGAGGUGCACGUGGAGGAGCCAGAAGAGUACGUGUCUCGAAUUGCGUUUGAGCCUGCCGUCUACCAGUGCCUCGAGAACUGUGGCGCUGCCAUUCUGUCCAUCACCAGAAAGGGUGGCGACCUCAACAAGACCAUUUAUGUGGAUUAUAAGACUGAAGACGGCUCGGCUAACGCUGGGGCCGACUACGAGUUCUCAGAGGGUACAGUGGUGUUCAAACCAGGAGAGAUGAUCAAGGAAAUAAACAUUGGCAUCAUAGACGACGACAUCUUUGAAGAGGACGAGCACUUUUUUGUGCGGCUCUGUAAUCUGCGUGUCCUGGAGACGGAGGACGAGGUGCUGUCCCCCAACAGUCUCCCAUACCCAAAGGCCAUGCUGGGCUUCCCCGCCGUGGCCACCGUGACCAUUCUGGAUGACGAUCAUUCGGGCAUCUUCACCUUUGAGAGCAGCUCGGUGCACAUCAGUGAGAGCAUUGGUAUUAUGGAAGUGAAAGUGCUGAGGACUUCUGGAGCAAGGGGGACAGUCGUUGUGCCUUAUCGCACCAUGGAGGGUCUCGCCAAAGGAGGAGGGGAGGACUUUGAAGACACCUACGGAGAGCUUGAGUUCAAAAACGACGAGACCUGCAAACUAGUUCACGUGAAAAUUAUUGACGACGAGGAGUAUGAGAAAAACAAGAACUUCUUCCUGGAGCUGGCCGAGCCUCGCAUGGUAGACAUGAGUCUGCAGAAAGCCCUGUUGUUAGCAGACGAUGUACCAGACAGAAAGAUGACAUCAGACGAGGAGGAAGCCAGGCGGAUCGCGGAGAUGGGAAAACCAGUGCUGGGGGAACACUCCAAGCUGGAAGUCAUUAUUGAGGAAUCGUACGAGUUUAAGAGCACAGUGGACAAGCUGAUCAAGAAGACCAACCUGGCCCUGGUGGUGGGAACCAACUCCUGGAGAGACCAGUUCAUGGAGGCCAUUACAGUCAGUGCAGAUGAGGAUGAAGAUGACACAGGGGAAGAGCGGCUGCCGUCCUGUUUCGACUACGUCAUGCACUUCCUCACCGUCUUCUGGAAGGUCCUGUUUGCUUGCGUUCCUCCCACAGACUAUCUGAACGGCUGGGCCUGUUUCUUCAUCUCCAUCAUCAUCAUCGGCCUGCUCACGGCCAUCAUCGGCGACCUGGCGUCUCACUUCGGCUGCACCAUCGGCCUCAAGGACUCAGUCACUGCUGUGGUGUUUGUGGCACUCGGCACAUCUGUCCCAGACACCUUCGCCAGUAAGGUCUCAGCAGUCCAGGACACCUAUGCAGACGCCUCCAUCGGGAACGUGACCGGCAGCAACGCCGUCAACGUCUUCCUGGGAAUCGGCUUGGCCUGGUCGGUGGCGGCUAUCUACUGGCACAUGAAAGGGAAGCCGUUUGUAGUGGAAGCCGGCUCGCUGGCCUUCUCUGUCACUCUCUUCACCAUCUUCGCCUUCCUGGCCGUGUCGGUGCUGCUCUACCGGCGCCGGGCCCACAUCGGAGGAGAACUGGGCGGGCCCCGGGGACACAGACUGGCCACGUCAGCCUUCCUUUUCGGCCUCUGGUUCCUCUACAUCCUCUUCUGCAGUCUGGAGGCCUACUGUCAUAUAGAGGGCUUCUAAAGGGAGAAGACUUCAGCGGGCGAGAAUACGAACAUACAGGGGUUUAAAGUACAACUUCAGAGGUAAAAGCGUGAAUUCCCACUGAGGAAUUUGGGUCAGUCUUGGUUUAAUGGUGUGAAAGGACAGGAGAGGUAGACCCAGGGUUAUCAGAGACACCUCCCUCUCUCUCUCUCUUUCUCUCUCUCUCUCUCUCUCUCUCAACCCCUUCUGUGAGGACGCUCGGAGGUGAGUAUCCUGCCCUCUAGUGCCGACAGGCCUGUUGGCCCCAGCAACAGGAGAGCCAUCCUGAGCCCGUGCCAGUGUGCUUACAGUUGGGAUUGGAUUACCACCGAGGUGCCGGGGCGCUCCUGCAUUCUAACGGAAGAGACUGCAGUCUUAUAUCCGGAGAGAGUUGAGUUAAUCAGAGGUCUAUAUUUUUCUCAACAUCUGACGAGAAUGACUUUUUCAAAAAAAUGUAUUUUGUGGAUAAAAAUGCAAAAAAUUAAUAAAACAAAAAAAAGUUAAAAAACACACACACACACAUAAAGAGGAAUAAAAGACCUAUUUUCUGAUCUAGGUUAAGGAAUAGCAAAAGAAAAUUAUCGUAAAUGGGAAUAUUUUGUUGAGUGACAGUGGGAUGGAUUCAUAGUAUUUAUUUUUAAUUUGCAUAGUUUCCUAAGGAGCACUGCAGAGUUCUCAGAAAUCAUACAAUGAAGAAGAAGAAGAAGAAGAAGAAGAAGAAGAAGAAGAAGAAGGACAGUGACAGUUCAUACUGGCAGACAAAUCACCAUUCAAACAGGCGCGGAGGAAGAGGUGGACACAGGGAACAUGGUCAAACUGCCCUGAACAUUACUUCCAAACUCUAUAAGUAUCUAUAUAUAUAAUAUAUUUCCAUAUUUUCUGUAUAUUUUGAAUAUUUGUUUAAAUGUGGUCACCUUCUGCUCUAACAGAGGAUUGCUGUGGCUAAGCGGGAGGGGAGGGGGGGGGGUCAAAGUAUCUACUAGAACGAUGUCUUCACAUUUCUAAGAGUUAUGUAUCUUGCCUAGGUAAAAGUAUGACAUUGUAUGUUAUUUAUUUACUGAUAUCUUGGUCUCACUCCAGUUUUCACCUUUUCAAUCAGAAAUCAGAAGAAAAAAAAACACAGUGUUGCUGCAGAGGUAAAUUCAGAGGUAUUUUUGUACUGUUCCUUCCGCACUUUGCUGUAUAGUUCUAUUUAUGGAGACUUCUACUUGUACUUGUGCAAAAGGCCAAUAUUAAAGGUGUCACUAUGGACUGAACAGAGUGCCUGUGGACGGAGAGGGGUCUGCUGCAGCUUCCCACACCGACGAGCUCUUUGCUCAGCUGAACGACUGAAGAGUUUCUUCCUAAAAUGGUGCGUAGCCAUUUUUAAAGCUGCAUUAUCAGAUUUGUGGCCACUUUGAGGCAGCAGUACGAGCUGAAAACACAACAGUUGCUAUAUUAUAACCUUACAGAAAGCCCUGAUUCCGCUAGCUGCUAGCUGCUGUUCCACUAGCACAACAUUUAGGGUUUCUUUCACUCUGUAAAAUAUUAUAUGAAGAAGUUAAUCAUGUUUCUGGGUUACACUUUUUUUUUUUAUUAUAAAUGAGCAUACUGAUUUCAAGCCUUCACAAUUUUAACAAAAUGAAACAAUUAACUUGCUAGCAUGUAAAAGGCUGUCGAUCCUCCGGACAUUUACCAUGGCAUUGCUAUUAGCUUUAGCAUUUUCCUAACUUUCUUCCAUGGAAAAAGUAUGUUAAAUACCACUAAAUGCAACAUGAAACAGAACGCAAAAUAGGCCUACUGAUGAGCUAGGUCAUGUUCCAAUGCUAAAACUACACAUUUUAAUGUGAUUCUGAAGCAGGUUUUCAAACUUAUGGAACAAAAUCCAGACGUUUUACUGUCACAAAGUUGGUGAAUGUGUUAGCAAACAGCUGCUUAUUUACACUUCUAGCAGACCAUGAGCAGCGUUAGCAUUCAUUUUGAGUCGUGUGUUUGAACACCUGAUGAAUAUAAUCUAAUAUUCACUCAUGUUUAAGCUCUGCUUUGUUCUCCAACAACUCCUAAAGGGAAAUAUCUGGCUCUCUAGCUGCUAAAUACUCCCGCGUUGCGCACAACCUAGAUGCUAACUUUGUUUGCGAAGGUAGCAUAGAGUGGCGUUAGCUAGCAUUGCUAACCACUUUAUACUUUAUCCGAGGGGAACUGCAGAGUUGGGUUUGUAACUGAGUGUGAGUGACACGUCUCACAUUACAGAUAAUUCCAUCCAUUACAAAUAUGAAUUACUGGUAAAACAGCUUUAACAAAGUAAAAUCAUUCAUUUCAAGGUGAUUUCAGUAGUUCAAUGUGUAUUUCUACGUGUUUUGUUUGGCAGCGCAUUAUAAAAUGACUCAUAAAUUACAUGUUUUUUUUUAGUUUUGGUCAUUAUGUAAAGAGUAGUUUCAGUGUUGCUCAUUUUGGAUUGAAACUCUUCAGUGGAGAAGCAGGUGUGGGUGUCAGAGCAGCAGAUAGCUCUAGAAUUGAAAGUAUAGCCUGAUGUUGAUACUGAAUGCUGUUUUACACACGACUGGUGCUUCAUUUCUAAAAACUAGAGGAAAAAAAACAACAAAAAACACAUUUGAAAAUCCCAAGAAGCAGAAGAAAAUAUGUUUAUUACUUAAUUUGCAUAAAAGUGUAUGCUAGUAUAUAAGCAGUCAAUUCUUGGCUAAUUUUGAAAAAUCCCCCAUGAGAUUACCAAAGAGGUGGGAUGCAACAUCUGUUUAAAAAAAAAA